CAACACAUCUGUCUUCUCUUUGUAUCGAAGAAAGACCUUCUAUCGCAUAUUCUCAGCUUGAGAUAUCUUCAUACCGAGCAAGCACGAUGGAUUCCAGCACCCGACACUUGCUUCGUCUAGAAGCCGUACGCGAGAGAGCGAACAUCGUCUUCCGCCUUGCUGAACAAGGAAAGCUGCACCACUACGACUACCACCCUGAGCGGCUCGAUGCGACUGUCGACUACGUUGCAGGCAUAAUCCAGCGCGACUUCGGCCCGAACCGCUACGACCAAAUCCCUCCCCACGGUCGCUGGCAGCACUUCGACGUAGGCGGAGUGCCUCGAAUCCAGAAACUGAUCGAGCGAUGGGAUGCAUCUGGAUAUGAUGAUAAAGAGAAAGUUAGAAGUCUGUUGGAUCUAUUCUUUGUCUCCGUUCUUCUCGAUGCCGGUGCGGGAGACACUUGGCGUUACGUGGAGAAAGAGACCGGGGCCAUGUUCAACCGCAGUGAGGGUAUCGCGGUCGCAUCGCUGUAUAUGUUCUUGAACGGUGACUUUGCCAACAAGGACUCGGAAAGGAAGGAUGUUGUGCAUGGAGAGGCUCUGCGAACUCUUAGCGUGGACAAACUCCUUCGCGGCUUUCAAGUCGAUGAUUCCAGCAACCCACUUCUUGGAGCUUCUGCUCGGGUCCAGAUCCUCCAGAAACUGGGCGAGUCGCUGAGAAAUCUCCCUGAGAUUUUUGGGCCGUCCGGCCGUCCUGGGCAAAUCGCAGACUACCUCCUGGCGACAAGCAAAGGGUCCCUAGACUACUCGGUUCUUUGGGACGUCCUACAGAAAACUCUCAUCCCCAUCUGGCCAUCUGACCGCACCAAAGUGAACGGUUACCCUAUCGGCGACGCCUGGCCACUCGCCGUGCUUGCAGAGCAUUCACCAUCCUCACCUACAGACGGUAUUCAACCCUUCCACAAGCUGACACAAUGGCUCGCAUACUCCCUCAAAGUCCCAUUUGAGCGACUUCUCUACCUGAAAUGGCAGAAUGCAGAUCUAGGAACCGGACUCCCGGAGUAUCGCAACGGUGGCUUGUUCAUAGAUAUGGGCGUGUUGACGCUUAAGCCUGAGGCACAGGAGCGGGGACUACGCAUGUCUGGAGGAAGCCUUCCGUGUUUUGCAGUUGGAGACGGCGAAAUCGUAGAGUGGCGGGCCAUGACUGUUGCUUUGCUUGAUAAGCUACAUGAACGGAUUUUGCAGAGCGGGAAGUUCGGGGAUAUCCAGUUGUCAUUGCCGCAGAUGUUGGAGGCGGGAUCAUGGAAGGCGGGCAGGGAGCUGGCGGCGAAGAACAGGCCUGAGACAAAGUCGAGUCCGAUUUUGAAUUCUGGAGAUGGUACUUUAUUCUAGAUGCUAGGCCGAUAGUGCAAUAAGAAUGCUG